UUGACUGUAUUGCUGAAAAAGUUGUGAACGUGAAUCUGUUCUCUCCUUCCUGUGCCUGUUUACCUUUGUACAACUUGACUUUAUGCCAGGCUAGCCUGGAGGCCCAAGGUCAAAUGUAGAAUAAUGAGUUUAUGUACACACUUCAUACCCACCUGACAUCAAAGUUUCUAGAAGCGUCAUGAUUCAAGUAAACCACGUGACUACCAGUUACCAUAAAAGAGCACGAGAUUGAGAGUUCAGAAGUCUCUGUGUUUGUUACUUAUGGGUUUACAGUUCUGAUUACUAGAAAGGCCAUGAUGAGGACAGUGGUUGUAGCUCUGAUGAUGAUUGCCUGUGUUCAUGUUACGAUCUCUGCAACUGUGGUGGAUGAUGAAGAUGAUAUUAAUGAUAAUUUGGAUCCCGACAGCCAGGUAGAGCUCUUGUCUCCAGAUGAAGAAGAAGGCUUUUUUUUCAGCCACGACAUGAACCCAUUCAAGUUUCCGGACUUUAGUGAAAUGUUCAAGAAUAUGUUCGAUUUAAUGAACGGAAUUCAGAAGAGGAUCAUCGAAGAAAGCAGCAAAUAUCCAGUAAAUUACAAUGACACAUUAACUGAGGACGUAGUUAUUAAUGGAAAGAAGUACAAGAUGAAGAAGAAAGUCAUCCGAAGAGGAGACAACACAUCUUCAAUCUUCGUCAGCGCUGUGUCCUACAUUCCGGCGGAGAGGAGAAAGAGGGCGCUGCUCAGCAAACUGUCGGAUCUAUAGCUUUGAAGACCACAAGAACUGAUUUUGGGUCUACGAAAAGGAGGAACCAAGACUUACCCAAAUAGCCCUAAUGUGAUAUAUGAAGCAAACAACGUUUUUUAUUAAUAAUAAAU